AUGCAAGCCAUCCGACUGCAGAAGAAAUAUCCAGAGGUUACUCAAGAUGAGAUGUUUGAGCUCAUCAAUCGCUUCAACGCGAUCGACACAGAUUCCACUGGACGGAUUGACAAGGCAUCCGUACUACAUGCUUUGCAAUCUCGGGGAGAGUCCUACGACCGUGCUCGUGAGACGCUCAAGCACGUCAGUGUCGAUGCCAGUGGAAAGGUUGAGCUUGAAGACUGGGUCGAGCUCAACGUAAAGCUUCGGUCCAACACAUCGUCGAUAUCUACGAAGGCGGGCAAGGUCACAGUGCAAGGCUCAAACGCGAACGUCAGCCAUACGAUCAACGAGGAUGAACGAAGAGAAUUCACCAAUCACAUCAAUGGCAUUUUGGAAGACGACCCAGACGUAGGAGAACGCAUUCCGAUUCCCACCGACACCAUGCAACUCUUCGACGAAUGCCGUGAUGGUCUCAUUCUCUGUAAACUCAUAAACGACUCGGUCCCCGACACCAUCGAUAUGCGUGUUCUCAACAAACCUACCGCUCGCAAACCGCUCAAUGCCUUCAAGAUCACCGAGAACAAUAACAUCGUCAUUUCUUCUACCAAAGCCAUUGGCUGUUCCGUCGUCAACAUUGGACCGUCAGAUAUUGCGGAGGGCACAGAACAUCUGAUUCUCGGCCUGAUCUGGCAAAUCAUCCGGAAAGGGUUGCUCAGCCAGAUCGAUAUCAAGCUGCACCCAGAGUUGUACCGUCUAUGUGAGGAGGGAGAAACAAUUGAAGACCUCUUGCGGUUGACUCCGGACCAAAUUUUGUUGAGAUGGUUCAACUACCACCUCAAACAGGCGGGAUGGCCGAGGAGGGUGAACAACUUCAGCAAAGACGUCAAGGAUGGCGAGAACUACACCGUCUUACUUAACCAGCUCAAACCCGAUGAAUGCUCUCGUGCGCCUCUUCAGACUCGCGACCUCCAUCAACGCGCGGAAGAAGUUCUCCAGAAUGCCGCUGCCAUUGGUUGUCGCAAAUAUCUCACCCCCUCCUCCCUUGUCGCCGGUAACCCUCGCCUUAACCUCGCCUUCGUCGCUAACCUCUUCAACACGCAUCCCGGCCUCGCUCCCCUCGACGAACAAGAAGCGAAAGAUUACGGGGUUGUCGAGGACUUUGACGCGGAGGGAGAGCGCGAGGCUCGCGUCUUCACGCUCUGGCUCAACUCGCUCGGUGUUGACCCAGCCGUAUUCAACUUGUUCGAGAACUUGAAGGAUGGCCUGAUCCUCCUGCAAGCGUUCGAUAAAAUCGCCCCUGGCUCCGUCAUCUGGAGGCGAGUCUCGAAGCCAAAGGGCGGUGUCACAUCCCCAGUGCGACAAUCGUUUGACGGGGACGAGGAAGAGGAGGAGAUAGGUGUGACACCGAACCAGAGCAAUUUGUCGAGGUUCAAGCAGGUGGAGAACACGAACUAUGCGGUCGAGUUGGGUAAGAACAGUGGCAUGCAUCUGGUUGGUAUCCAAGGAGCGGAUAUUGUCGAUGGGAGUAAGACUCUGGUGCUCGGUCUCGUUUGGCAGCUCAUGAGGAUGAGCAUCACAAAGACGUUGACCUCUCUUUCCAAAACUGGACAAGGCCGUCCGAUCAGCGAUACGGAGAUCCUCAAAUGGGCGAAUACAACGGCUCAGAAGGCAAAGCCGAACGUGAAACCGUUGCGGUCGUUCAAAGACCCGUCUAUUACCACUGGCCUGUUCUUCCUCGAUCUCCUGGAUGCCAUUCAGCCUGGAAUAGUUGACCCCACCAUGGUCAUCAAUGUGGAUCAGAACGGCGACUAUGAGGACCGCAGGCAAAACGCGAAACUGGCCAUCUCGAUUGCCAGGAAGAUGAAUGCGUUGAUUUUCUUGGUACCUGAGGAUAUCGUCGACAUUCGUCCCCGUCUCAUCUUGACCUUCGUAGGCAGUUUGAUGAGCAUCGCUCAGUAA